AAGAAUUUAUAGUAGUAACAACACCGUCUGAUAGUUGAUUGCAUAGCAAUAUUAAUAAUAACUUUCAAUUCCAAGAGAAUAAUACUUGGGGAAAAAUUUUUCGUUUUCGCUUUAUAAUAUAACCACAGUAAAAUGUCUGAUGAUGAGGAUUAUAUGUCGGAUAAAUUUUUAAAGAGUUUAGAAGCGCCAGCAACUACACUUAUACAAAAUCGUGCAAAAAAACGUGAGAUUGAUAUAGCGAAAAGGAAAGCUGAUAGUAUAAAUAAACAACGUGAAGAAAGUAAAAGAUUUAAGUCCACUUACACUAAUGAGAGCCUACAAGAAUCAUUAAAACGACCUUUACAAUCUGACAACAAAGGAUAUCAGCUGUUAGCGAAAAUGGGUUACAAACCUGGUCAAAGUCUAGGAAAAAUCAAUGUAGAUAACGAGAAUGAAAGUAAAAAGCUAAUAGAACCUAUUGGUAUAAGUAUUAAGGAAGACCGAAGUGGUCUAGGUAGAGCUGCUGCAUUAAAAGAAUUAAAAGAGAAGCGAUGUGAACUCAUGAUGCAACGUUUACAAGAAGAAGCUGGUGCGACGACAACCGCUGCUGAUUAUCGAAAACGUGUCACAGAGAAAGCUGAAGAACGUUAUUUACAAACUGCUUUAAAACGUUGUCAAACUACUUGCGCCAAUUUGGAUAUGCAAUCUCGUAUAAGUCAACCAGAUAUUGCUUGGUUUUGGCCGGAAUGUGAUACCGAAAAAACUGAUUCUCCAGAAGACAAUGUAGAAGAAACUCAGUCAAGUGCGUCAGAUGAUGAAGAUAUCGCACAAUAUACAGUUGCUGAGAAGGUUGAUUUGCUGACCAGUUACUUGCGUACUUCAUAUUUGUUUUGCUAUUGGUGUGGUGUUCGAUACAAUGACAAGAAUGAUUUAGAGAGUAAUUGCCCAGGUUUAGGACGUGAUGAACAUUGAGCAGUUUUUAUUAUAAAAUGCAA